AUGGAUGCGAAUCCAAUGAGUGAGGGUGUUCAGCCGCAGCAGCCGCAGCCCGAGAGGCAAGAGGAGGGGAAGCAGGAGCAGGAGCUGGGCAGUAGCUCCGUAGCUCCGCCCACAUCUGAUGGCGCUCAGAAUAGCACGCUGAUAUCACUUGCGCCGCCGAUCCCUCUGCCCCCGCCGGCAGAGACGCUUGACGCCUCCACCGACAGACGCCGCUCACUUGCAGCGUCCGUUCUUUUGCGAAACACCGACGCGGACCUUGCCGCCUCGUGCCGCUCCUCAACUUACCCAAGGAACUCCAGACGCAGCAGUCUUCGCGUCAGGGGUGGCGUUGCAGAGGGUCUUGAGAGGGCGGUCGACAUGGUUCAAACCUACCCGCUUAUGCUUGUCGAUGGUACUGCCUUUGAGAACCAAAUCCUUCGGAGAAACUCCGGGGAUAGUUCGCUGUUGAACUCCACAAUUUCACUCAUUUCGCCUUUAAACUUGGAUGAGGCGGAUGUGUCUUUCUCGGAUUUGACGGAUGUGCUGGGUCAGCUGCGUUCAAAGAGCAGCGUAGUUCCCUUCGCGGCGCGGCUAAAACGCGCAUGCAUGUGGAGCGUGAUUGUUAUUGCCGUACGGGCGCAUCAGGCCUGGCGUGAGGCCUUUCGUCGGCAGCGCCUUCGUGCAACGCUUGAGUUUCUGCUGUUGCCUGUAAUUUUGCGGAGGCGUGGAGAAAAGGAGGUGGGGAAGACAUUUUUUCGUCGCUCGCAGUGCAAAGGGCCGGAGCCGCUACGUGACGACGACGGUCUAAAGCCACAAGGAAACUUUAUCUGGGAAAACUGCGAGUUUUUCCGUUCUCUGGGGAACCCACGGUUCUGUGAGGAGGUUGCGGAGGUCGUUCUUCGCUACCGCCACCCCGCCGGAAACGCGAUCGCCGCCGUCGGCGCGCCCUCGCAGGACGCGCUGCACAUUCUCGUUUCCGGCAAGUGCGACGCCAUCACCCCGCCCGGCGAGGCAGUUGGCACGGUGCGGCGCACGAGGCUCUCGGUGGGAGCUAGUUUUGGCGGUCUCUACGGCGGAAGGGAGGUGUACCGCAAGGUGUACAGGGCCAUCUCGCAGUGCGUUGUCUGGGUGAUCCCGCGCGACGACUUUGAGGCGCUCUUCUCCAGGUACGCCGACGAAGCCAUGAAGCGCGUCUACCUAGGCGCGCUGAAGCAGCACCACAUGGAGCACCUCUUGCGGAACUACCACGCCUCCGAGUGCAUGACGCGUGUGCCGAUCUACCGCGCCCUCGAUCGGGAUAUUGGGGUGUACGCAAAGGACUUCACACCGUUAGUGCUAACAAAGGGCGACGUUCUCUUUGAGCAGGGCGAGCCGCCUGGCGACAUCUACUGCCUUCUGGAGGGCCAGGUGCAGCGGCAGCAGCUGGGGGAGGACAUGACGUAUGAAAGUGGCACAUCGCAAAUUCUCUCUCCAAAUGAAUCGGAGAACAGCUUCUCCCUCAGCACACGCUUCGUGCUCCUGGGCGAGGAGCCGCACAUUUUGCCGGCGCCGUUGCGCUACAAGUGCUCCGUCUUCAGCCGUGCCGCACUUUUCUUCAGGGUCAAAGGCGACCGCUUCGUGGACGCCCUGCUGGAUGACGCCAAACUUUUUCUCCGCAUCCGGGCCAAUCUGAAGGCGCAGAUACGCCGCUCGAUGCGGCUCUCCCCAGAGGCCCUGGUCAGGGUGCCGCUGCUGCAGGAAAUGUCGGGGGCGAACCUUCAUAACAUUGCGAACGCCGCCGAGGCCCGUGUGGUGGAGCGGUGUACCUCAAUAUGCGAGCCCGCGCAGGCCGUUCGGGAGAUUUACCUGCUGACGGCGGGCGAGGUGCAGGAUCCGCGGCAGCUCAACCGCGCACCUACCUUGCCAAUGUCGCCCCCCGUCACGGAGGCGGAGGAGACGCCGGAAAACGCGCAUCCAAAGGGAAAGAAGGAGCGGAACACCAAAAACGUCUUUGCAGGACACGAACGGGAAAAGGGAACGUCAAACAUGCCACAAGCACACGAAACCGCGUUGGCAGGGCGGUAUCAUUACCAAAGUAACUCCAGAUCGGCGUCUGACGGCUUGGAACCCGCGCAGCCCCGCUGGACUUUUUUCCGGGGCAGCAACCAGGGUGAAUUCUUGAAUGGCAUUACGUACCCGGACGAACAGCAGGAACUUGCACCGCCGCUGCCGCCGAACCCCACAAAAAACUUUCUUUGCACCGUCGGUGGUGGAUGGGAGGGACUACUUGUGGAGAAGUGGCCGAACGGGUGGGAGACGAGCACCACCGUAGAGCUUUGGGCCAUACCAACCCUGCAUAUACGGACAGAGUUUAACUCUUUACCAAAGUCGAUACAAAACUCGAUUCUUUUGUGCGCCCGCACACUGCAGAUGCAGGCUCUUGGUUUGUCCUCCAUUGUGGUGGCAAAGCUGCCGCCCAUGAGUGUCUUUGUGCCACCGGAAAAGCGCGUCAAAAACCCCAGCCUGGGGAUUGAAAAGGGCCAAGCACGGGACAAGAGUGCCUCGUCCCUCCGACGGAAGCACGCCGGGAGUAUCCAGUCGCAUGAGCGCUCUACAGCAACGGGGAGCCGGCGCGGACGCGCCACUGCCGAGCUCUCGGGGUCGCAUGGAAGUAUACUAAGUGGGUCCUCGGUAGGCUUCUUGGCGAAUGAAGAGAUGAGCUUUUCAAGGAAAAAAGCUUUCCAGCAGCGCGUGCCGCUGCUCACUCCACUCACCACGUCCACUGCAACGAAAAGUCCAUCCCCCGCAAGAAGGGGAAAGAAUGUAAAAAGCGGCAUCAAGUCCAAAGCCAAAGAUGCAGCAGCUACUCUGAAGGUGGAGCCCACGGAGGCGCCAAAGCCUAAAGCGGGACCCCCGCCACUCCUCUUUCUUCGAAAGCUUGCCUCCAAGCUUGAGGAAAAGCCACCCAUAAUUACCUCCGAGAUGUGUGCCUUGUACGCUGGGCGGGAGCCGCAGAAGGGCAUCAUUCGGCAACCGCAACCGAUAGCAAGCAGAGUGGCAGGGGUAGCCAAUAACGCCGUGAUCUCUGCCGACCAGCAACCCAGCUGGCCAGUGGCGGCGGGGGCGAGGAGGCAGUGGUUCCACGUGGUGCCAAGCUUUGCGCCCCUUCCAGGCACCGUCAAUAAUAAUAACUAUAUCACCAGUGCGCCUAACCUCUUGCCGAACACAGCACUGAUGGUAAAGCGCGAGAAGGGGUACGGUGAGGUGCUAGCCUCGCAAGCAAACUUCUUUGCGUCUCUGGCACAGACCAGGCGAGCCCAGGCGACGGGGUAUGAAUCGGCCUCAGCGUUUUCCCCCGGUGAACCAAAAAGUUUUCCUUCUCCAACAAGAUCAGCUUCGCCGAGGUUGAUGGGUCGACCCGUUCCUGGGCGAUACGCGUAUCGUUUGUAA